AUGUUUGUCCUUGCCAUCCUUGCCUCUCUCGCAACCGUAUCUCUGGCCAACUAUCAUGGCGGUCAUCCCAUGGGCGGCUUCAUCGGUCACAGAGUCCAUUACGGAUAUCCCAAAGGUGGAUUCAUGAUUGGUGGCGGAUAUGGUGGAUACCGAAAGGGCGGAUACCACAAGAUGAUUCACCGUCCCAUCAUCGGUGGUUACCCUAAGGGAGGCCACAUGGUAGCUAUACCAAUGAUGAAGGGAGGUUACCACAAGGGAGGUCACAUUGGUGGAUUCAUCGGAGGAAAAGGUGGCAUCCAUGGUGGUUUCCAUGGUGGAUACCCCAAGGGUGGAUUUAUCGGAGGACAUGGUGGUAUGGUUAAUGGAUUUGCCCAUCAGCAAAGUAUUGGAGGCGGACACAUUGGCGGUCACUUGGGCGGAUCUGUUGGGGGUGGCUUCAGUGCGAACCUUGGAGACGAUUUUGGCUCCGUGUCAUUAAAUGGAGGAGGAGCUUUUAUUUCUGACGAUGUCGCAGGUGUGUCUGGAAACGGAUUCAACGCUAUUGCUGGUGAAGAUUUUACAGCCAUCAACGGUGGAUCUGGGGGAGCUAUUGUAGGCGAGGAUUUUGGCGUCACUUUUGGAGGUAAUGGAGGUGCUAUCGUUGGUGAUGACACUGGUGUUGCUUUCUCAGGCAAUGGAGGGGCAAUUGUCAACGACGAAUUUGGAGUUGCUUUUGGAGGCAACGGGGGUGUUAUUUCCAACGAUGAUUUCUCAGCAUCCUUUGGAGGACAGGGAAGUGGAAUCAAUAUUGGUGGUGGAGUGUCUGGAGGCUUCGUAAAUGGUGUUGGUCACGGAUUUGGAUCUUCAGUGGGCGUGUCACAUGGUUUUGUAGGAGGACACGGAGGCAUGAUGCACAAAGGAUUUGGAGGUAUGAAGAAGGGAGGAUUUAUGGGAAUGCACAAAGGAUUUGGAGGUUUCAAGAAAGGAGGUCUCGUUGGAGGCGGAUAUUGA